CCGGGUCAGCCUCUCACCAGCGCGCGCGCAGGGGCCGGCCUGGGACUGGGGCUUUGGCCCUGGGCAGCGACUGGCUCCUGCGGCUUGGCGGUGAGAGACCCCCGCCGCGACCGGUCCCGGCUCCGCGGGCGCCGCCCCAGCCGUGCGGGGCUAGCAGGGAGCGGCUUGACGCGCUGACAAGCCGGUGCGGCUGGCCCGGGAGCGGGCUCGCUCCCCUUGGCCCGAGUGUGACUCUGCUCCUGUCUCUCCUGCCGCAGGCUCCCGCCGCUGCCCCUGGGCGGGGCAGGUCCCGCUGAAGCUUCCCCUGGAUGGAUCCCGCAGCUCCCCUGAGCCAGACGGAGCGGAGGCGGCUCUGCGGAGCCCGCGGCUGAGCCCCGCGUGGCCGCUGCCUCCGCGCGGGCUGCGUGUGGUCCCUGCCCCUCGGGACAGCAUGUUGUCGCUUGUGACCAGGGCAGCGGGGGUCUGGGUCAGGCUGCGGCGCGCCUGUAGCGCUGCUGCUUUGUUAUGCCCUGAACCGUGGAUGGAAAAAUGCCCCGCGGAUCAUGUUGUGUUCUCCAGUCCCUAUAGUUCUCAUAAGAAGGAAAAACUGGAUACGUCUAUAUUUCCUGUUGAAAAUAUUAGAAAUUUCAGUAUCAUAGCUCAUGUAGACCAUGGCAAAAGCACUCUAGCAGACAGGCUAUUGGAAAUUACAGGAACAAUUGCUAAAACUGACCAAAAUAAACAAGUGCUGGAUAAACUGCAAGUGGAACGGGAAAGAGGGAUCACAGUUAAGGCACAGACUGCAUCUCUCUUUUACAGUUAUGAAGGAAUGAACUACCUCUUAAAUCUCAUUGACACACCAGGUAUUCAAGCACAAACGAUGGCAAACUUCUAUCUUGCUUUUGAAGCACAGCUGGCAAUAAUUCCGGUUAUAAACAAGAUCGACUUGAAGAAUGCAGACCCUGAAAGAGUUGAGAAACAAAUUGAAAAGCUAUUUGAUAUCUCUAAGGAUGAAUGUAUUAGGAUUUCUGCUAAACUAGGAACGAAUGUGGAAAAGGUGCUUCAGGAAGUUAUUGAAAAAGUUCCAGCACCCAGUGUUAACAUUAGUGACCCAUUGAAAGCCUUGGUGUUCGACUCCACCUUCGACCACUACAGGGGUGUCAUAGCUAACAUUGCGCUCUUUGGUGGAGAGGUUCAGAAAGGACAUAAGAUUGUGUCUGCUCACACAAGGAAGACCUAUGAAGUUAAUGAAGUAGGAAUUCUGACCCCAAAUGAACAGCCAACUCAUAAAUUAUAUGCUGGACAGGUGGGCUAUCUGAUUGCUGGGAUGAAAGAGGUUACGGAAGCCCAAAUAGGAGACACGCUGUAUUUACAUAAGCAGCCAGUGGAGCCUUUGCCAGGCUUUAAAUCAGCGAAACCAAUGGUCUUUGCAGGAAUGUACCCGGUAGACCAGUCAGAGUAUAACAACCUGAAAAGUGCUAUAGAAAAACUGACACUAAAUGAUUCCAGUGUAACUAUUCAUCGGGAUAGCAGCCUUGCCUUAGGAGCUGGAUGGAGGUUGGGGUUUCUUGGUCUUCUACAUUUGGAAGUUUUUAAUCAGCGCUUGGAGCAAGAAUACAAUGCAUCUGUCAUUUUGACUGCACCCACUGUUCCAUAUAAAGCUGUUCUUUCCUCAGCAAAACUGAUAAAGGAGCACGGAAAAGAGGAGAUUACUGUUAUCAACCCUGCUGAGUUUCCUGAUAAAUCUUCAGUAUCAGAAUAUUUGGAACCAACCGUUUUGGGGACUAUCAUAACACCUGAUGAAUAUAUUGGAAAAAUAAUAACUCUCUGUCAGACUCGCAGGGCUGUUCAGAAGGACAUGGUGUACAUUGAUGAGCACAGGGUUAUGCUGAAAUAUAUCUUCCCGCUGAAUGAAAUUGUGGUGGAUUUUUAUGAUGCUUUGAAAUCACUCUCUUCUGGAUAUGCUAGUUUUGAUUAUGAAGAUGCAGGAUACCAGGCAGCAGACCUUGUCAAAAUGGAUAUUCUUUUAAAUGGAAACUCUGUUGAAGAAUUGGGAACUGUUGUACACAAAGACAAAGCGUAUGCUGUUGGCAAAGCCAUGUGUGAACGUUUAAAAGAUGCUCUUCCUAGACAGUUGUUUGAAAUAGCCAUCCAGGCUGCUCUUGGCAGCAAAGUCAUUGCAAGAGAAACAGUGAAAGCUUACAGAAAGAACGUUGUGGCAAAAUGCUAUGGUGGAGAUAUUACACGGAAAAUGAAGCUUUUGAAGAGGCAAGCAGAAGGAAAGAAAAAGAUGAGGAAAAUUGGCAAUGUGGAAGUGCCAAAAGAUGCCUUUAUAAGUGUUCUAAAGAGACAAUCUGAAAAAUAAUUGGAGACCAAAACUCUGCAACUCUGAUGCUUCUAUCUAGCUUUUGCUGGGCAAAUGGCAGGAUGAGGUUAAUGUAUAAUUUAUUGCUGGGGGUAUGUUUGUGUUACUUACCAUAUUUAAUUUUGUACAUGUGGCUACAGCUAUACGGGGAACAAAUUUUAAUUGAAAGACUGUACUUGAAGUCUACAUUUCAGAUUUUAUUACCAUACAUUAUUUUGUAAUGUGUACAAUGAAAUUCAGCUAGAAUGACUGCGGGUGAUUAUGGAAUCCAGUCUCAGGAGGAGCUUGCUUUAAAGCACUGCAGGUGUGGCCAACCCCCAACUUCCUUUUCUAACUCUGCACACAAGAAGUAAUAGAUGGUGCACUUUAGAUCUCAAAUUCCUGGAAGUACAUUAUUUGAAGGUCAGGGCAAUAUAAUUGAUUUUUAUGUAAGUACAAGGAAAAGGGCACACCAGCUCCACAUUAGUGAAACAAGCUAGACCGUUACUCCACCAGCAAGUGUAAAACAGUCAUUUAGGAACUGACAAUUAGGAGAGAUCAUAUACCUCAACACAGAGAGUUGGCUCAAUAUUAGGAGACCUCAAGGCUUCUGAAAACAGCAACUGUAGAAGACUAGGUACGGGGCAUUACUGAUCCCAUGUAUCAGAGUAACAGCCAUGUUAGUCUGUAUUCGCAAAAAGAAAAGGAGUACUUAUGGCACCUUAAGAGACUAACCAAUUUAUUUGAGCAUAAGCUCAUGCAUCUGAUGAAGUGAGCUGUAGCUCACGAAAGCUUAUGCUCAAAUAAAUUGGUUAGUCUCUAAGGUGCCACAAGUACUCCUUUUCUUUGAUCCCAUGUAAUUCCCUUUCCUAUCACCUAUUUCAUGGAUACAGGUAAGUGACAGCACAGAGGGCAUACCCCUUAUCUAGGUCAGAGUGAAGACAUACACCUAAUUUAUGGCAAGAAUGUGAAAGACAAGUAUGAGGUGCUUAAGUAUCUGAUGUCUGUUUCAAAAAUGUGUGGGAGGCAGGGAGGAGUUGCAUGAUUAGGCUUUAGUUUGCUUCUUAGGAAGUCAGGGUAGAUGUUUCUAGCUCAGUCUCUAGAGGGAGCUCACCCACAUUCAGCAAAUGGUAUAACAUGCCUCACCUUAGUAACAUAAGGUUAGGAACAACCUCUAAAACACAGUUUAGAAAACUGUCAUGCUUACAGGAAUGAAAUCCUUAAUUUCAGCCUGUUGAAGGGGACAUCCUGCUCUGUGGAAGUGUUAUAGCACAUCACUUGAGCAAAGAUGUUUUACUACAGGUGAGAAGCCAACUAUUCUGUAUUAGGCUCCAACUAAACUUGAUGCACUCCAGACAAAUUGAGGGAUAAGUGUCCUUUGAAUUAGAAAACUUGUUUCAUGCAGUGUUUUAAAGUGAACAGAUUAGGAGAAGGUUACACAUGACCUCCUGCUUUAAUCCAAACAAUACCAAAAGAGGGGUAGUGUCAAAGUUUAAUUACAGCUAUAAAACAAUCAUGUUACUAUUACUGUGAGAAAGUAUUCUCAGCCAGAGGACUGAAAUUAAUCCUUUUCACAACUUGUCUUCACAAGCUGCUAUUUUAGAAAAACUGCAUAAACCAGCAGCUGUUUGGCCAGUUUUAGUAAUCAGUGGUUCUCAAACUUUUGUAUUAGUGACCCUCCUUCACCCAGGAAGCCUCUGAGUAUGACCCUCUCCCCACCUCCUUAUAAAUUAAAAACACUUUAUAUUUAACCCUAUUAUAAAUGAUGGUGGUGAACCAGGGUUUGGGGGUGGAGGCUGACAGCUCAUGACCCCUCACAUAACCUUGCAAGCCCCCUAAGGGGUCCUGACUCCCACUUUUAAGAACCCUUGUAGUAGAUGAAUGCUGUAAUAGCAAAAAAAAAAAAAAAACCACAAUCUGAAACAUGUAAAAUCCUCAGCGCACUCACACACAGGUCAGUGUAGGGUGGACCACACUUAAAGUAGGAUUCUUCAGCCACUCCAGCAAAGUGAGAAUUUAAAGCAUGAAGUACUUUAGCAGGAAAGGUUAGUUUUGCAUUUAGUUUCUAUAUAGCAAUAGUAACAAGAGGCUGGUAUACUUGAUUUGUGUGUUUAAAACACAUACUUAAGUAAAAUUUGCUAUUAAAGUAUCAAAGGAGAGAGGCAGAAAAACAGCAGUUUACUGGUCAGUGCCUGUUCAACUAUAAAUCCACAUUUAUGGCUAAGGAACAUUUUUUUCCACUGUAGAUAAUUACUAUUUUGAAAGCCAAGACUAUUUAAAUAUUACAAUAGAUGAAGAGGAACAUACCAUCAGAUCUAGCCCAUCUCUUUCAGUGGAUAUUUUAAAAGGGAAUUUACUGCUGGCAUAAAGGAGCUGGUCUGGCACAAUAUGUUAGCUUUGCCCAUACCUAGAGAAAGGUACACUAUCCUUUCACUAAACCUUUGUUUUUGAAACCUGAAAUGUUUAUUCUCAGACUACAGUUCACAUCAAAAACAAAACAAACAUGGUAAGGUUUUUGUGAAUUUAAGCUUUACUUGGAGUAACAGUAGAAAAGAGUGGCAUUUUUAGUAACAGUUCAACAUUUAUAGCAAUCUACAGUGCAAAGUAACUAUUGUACUGCAAAGUGGUUCUGUUUACAUUCAGACUUGUUUCAAUACUAGCCCUCUGGAUUUUUAGGCAUUCUUACUGCAAUUAACCUCCCUUUACAAUUAUUGGAUCACAUCAUCAUUAAUGUAACUGGCAAUUCAUCUCCAAAAAGGAACAUAUUGAAUGUAUUAUCUAUAGAGUUCAUAAUUACCAAAAUAUAAAAUUCCUAAAUAAACUUGAAACAUGUAAUAAAA